AUGUCGGCGGCGGACAAACCAGAGAUCGCCUUCGUGGACGACAGGGAGGCCGACGGCCGCUCCGACGCGGAGAAGGGCCCCGUGGUGCGCAUGAUUGACAACAUCCGCGUGCUGGGCCUCAGCGAGGACGACGCCGAGUUCUAUGCCAACUUCACCCCGAGCAGCGGAAACGAACGACCCGCAAGGACCGAGAUUGUGUCUUCUGGUGCGACGUGA